CGAGGUUCUUCCUUUCUCAGCCAGCACCUUUCCAGCGGGUGAGUGCGUGGCGUGGAUGGACUGGUGAAAUUUCUAAAACAUUCACUCAAGCCAGCAGAGUUGGAGUUUUCUUAAAACGCCACCACCAUGCCGGCGUAUUUUCAAAGACCAGAGAAUGCUCUGAAGCGAGCGAACGAGUUUCUCGAGGUUGGCAAAAAGCAGCCAGCCUUGGAUGUUUUGUACGAUGUCAUCAAGAGCAAGAAACAUCGAACAUGGCAGAAGAUCCACGAGCCCAUCAUGCUCAAAUACCUGGAGCUCUGCGUGGAUCUGCGCAAGAGCCACCUGGCCAAGGAGGGUCUCUAUCAGUACAAGAACAUCUGUCAGCAGGUGAAUAUCAAAUCUCUGGAGGAUGUGGUUCGGGCUUACCUUAAGCUGGCGGAGGAGAAGACGGAGACAGCAAAGGGGGAGUCCCAGCAGAUGGUUCUGGACAUUGAGGAUCUGGACAACAUCCAGACUCCUGAGAGUGUGCUUCUGAGUGCUGUGAGUGGAGAGGACACUCAAGAUCGUACUGACCGCCUGCUACUCACCCCCUGGGUCAAGUUCCUUUGGGAGUCAUACCGUCAGUGUCUGGACUUGCUUCGGAAUAACUCAAAAGUGGAGCGCCUGUACCAUGACAUUGCUCAGCAAGCAUUUAAGUUCUGCCUUCAGUACACCCGUAAAGCAGAAUUUCGCAAACUGUGUGACAAUCUGCGAAUGCAUCUGGGUCAGAUCCAGCGCCACCACAAUCAGAGCACUGCCAUCAACCUGAACAACCCUGAAAGCCAGUCUAUGCACCUUGAGACACGCCUGGUGCAGCUGGACAGCGCAAUAAGCAUGGAGCUCUGGCAGGAAGCAUUCAAGGCUGUUGAAGACAUCCAUGGCCUGUUUGCUCUCUCCAAAAAGCCUCCCAAACCCCAGCUCAUGGCCAACUACUACAACAAGGUGUCAACUGUGUUCUGGAAAUCUGGAAAUGCCCUCUUCCAUGCUUGCACCCUCCACAGGCUCUAUCACCUUUCAAGGGAGAUGCGAAAGAAUCUGACCCAAGAGGAGAUGCAAAGGAUGUCAACCAGAGUCCUCCUGGCCACACUGUCUAUUCCAAUUACUCCUGAGCGCACUGACAUUGCCCGGCUGCUGGACAUGGAUGGCAUCAUUGUAGAAAAACAUCGCAGGCUGGCCACACUCCUUGGCCUGCAGUCUCCUCCAACCAGGCAGAGCCUCAUCAAUGACAUGGUGAGAUUUAACUUGCUGCAGUAUAUUGUACCAGAGGUGAAGGAGCUCUACAACUGGCUUGAAGUAGACUUUCAUCCUCUGAAGCUGAGUGGAAGGGUAACCAAGGUGUUAAACUGGGUAAGAGACCAGGCAGAGAAGGAGGCUGAUCUGCAGCAGUAUGUCCCUCAUCUGCAGAGUAAUACUAUCCUGAGGCUUCUGCAACAAGUUGCACAGAUCUAUCAAAGUAUUGAGUUCACCCGUUUGGCCUCCCUGGUUCCAUUUGUGGAUGCCUUCCAGCUUGAGCGCUCCAUUGUGGAUGCUGCCCGCCACUGUGAUCUGCAGGUCCGUAUAGACCACUCCUCUCGAACUCUGAGCUUUGGCUCUGACCUAAACUACUCGACCAAAGAAGAUGCCCCUGUUGGUCCCUUCCUGCAGAACAUGCCCUCAGAGCAAAUAAGGAACCAGCUGACUGCCAUGUCUUCUUCUUUGGCCAAGGCCAUCUAUGUCAUCAAGCCUGCCUCUAUCCUGCAAGAGCGUGAGGAGCAGAACCAGCUGGCCAUCGCUGCCUAUCUGAAAAAUGCCCGUAAAGAUCACCAACGCAUCCUGGCUCGUAGACAAACCAUUGAAGAGCGCAAAGAGCGCCUUGAGAGCCUUAACAUUCAGCGUGAGAAGGAAGAGCUGGAGCAGCGUGAGGCCGAGAUGCAGAAAGUUCGCAAGGCUGAGGAGGAGCGUCUGCGCCAAGAGGCCAAAGAGAGAGAGAAGGAGCGCAUUAUGCAGGAGCAUGAGCAGAUCAAAAAGAAGACAGUGCGCGAACGACUGGAGCAGAUCAAGAAGACUGAACUUGGAGCCAAGGCCUUCAAGGAUAUUGAUAUCGAGGACCUUGAGGAACUGGACCCUGACUUUAUUAUGGCCAAACAAGUGGAGCAGCUGGAGAAGGAGAAGAAAGAACUCCAGGAGCGUCUGAAGAACCAGGAGAAGAAGAUUGACUACUUUGAGAGGGCCAAACGCCUUGAGGAGAUUCCUCUUAUAAAGAAGGCUUAUGAAGAGCAGCGCAUUAAAGACAUGGAACUAUGGGAGCUCCAGGAAGAGGAUAGGAUCAGCAACAUGAAAGUUGAACGAGAGAAAGCUCUGGAGCACAAGAAGCGCAUGUCCAGGAUGAUGGAGGACAAAGAAAGCUUCUUAUCCAAAAUAACUGCUGCCCGUAGCUUUAUUUAUGAGGAAAAACUGAAAACUUUCGAGGAGCGCUUGGUGGAGGAGAGGAAGACGCGUUUGGAAGAAAAGAAAAAGCAGCGCAAAGAGGACAGGCGUAAUGCUUACUACCGCUCGAAAGAGGAGGAGGCACAACGUAUUCAUGAGGAGCAGCUCAAGAAAGAGCGCGAGGAGCGGGAUCGCGUGGAACAAGAGCAGCGAGAGGAGGAGGAGAGAGAGUACCAGGAACGGCUGCGUAAGCUGGAAGAGCAGGAACGGAAGCAGCGUGCUCGUCAGCAGGAGAUUGAGGAACGGGAACGCCGCCGUGAGGAGGAGAGAAAGGUUCCCCCAGAAGAGAAAGCCAAGGAUUGGGGCGAAAAGGAGAAAGAGGAGGGAGGAUGGAGAAAGCGUACAGAAGGAGGUGAUUCAGAAUGGCGUCGUUCUGUUCCUGAAAGUAGGGAAUGGAGACAGGAGGGCCGUGAAGAUGACAAGGAGGAGAAAGAGGUCCCCUUCAAAAGAGGAGCAGAUGCUCCUCGCAGAGGUGCAGAUGAUAGAGGACCCCGGCGUGGCUUUGAGGAUGACAGAGGCCCUCGUCGUGGAGGUGAGGAUGAACGUCCUCUACGCAGAGGAAUCGACGAAGACCGUGCACCUCGCAGAGGCUUUGAUGAUGACCGCGGUCCAAGAAGAGGUGGAGAUGAUGACCGUGGUCCCAGACGUGGAUUUGAUGAGGACCGCGGCCCCAGGCGUGGAUUUGAUGAUGACCGCGGCCCCAGGCGUGGAUUUGAUGAUGACCGCGGCCCCAGACGGGGAUUUGAUGAGGACAGAGGUCCCCGUAGAGGCAUGGAUGACCUGAGGGGUCCCAGGCGUGGGGCUGAUGAUGACUGGGGUUCCAGAAGAGGCGGCGAUGAUGACAGAGGUGGAAGGAGAGGCAUGGAUGAUGGGCCACGUCGUGGUGAGGAUCUCAAACCCUGGAAGCCCCUGGGAAGACCUGGUGGUUGGCGGGAGCGGGAGAAGGCGAGAGAGGAUAGCUGGGGUCCACCCCGUGGUGAAGCUAAUGAGGAAGGAGAUGAUGGUGAAGGAGAGGAGAGACCAAGCGAGCCUCCCAGAGACCGUCCUCCACAAAAAGAGGAGAGUAGCUGGAGGAGAGGUGGUACAGAGGAAGGAAGUGGGUGGAGAGAUUCUCGCAAAGAGGAACCUGAUCGUCAAGACCGUGAAGACCGUCGGGUUGACCGCCGUGAUAGAGACCGCCGGGAUGACCGUGAACAAAGAGCCCCACCAAGAGAACUUCCUGAUGAUGGAGGUUCUUGGCGUCGUGGAGGGGAUGAUAAGCGCGAGGAGCCGGACAGAGCCGAACGUCCCAGAGAGCGGGUGAGGGAACCUGACCGUGAUGCUGAUGGAGAAAAGGGGUGGCGAGGUGGUGACAAAGACAACCCUCGUCGUAUCAAGAACGAAACAGAUGAUGAUGGCUGGACCACUGUCCGUCGCUGAGCCAACAGCCUGUGCAUCCAAUUUGCCUGGUUAAUGAUGGAUGGUUUUUGAAGAGAAAAAAAAAGUAUCUUAUCUUAUCAGCUGGUUAUCCACAGUGGUGAAUUUUUGGCAACAAGCUUCUGACACUCUAAAGUAAAUCCUCAAUUAUUUGUAGAUGGUAGUUUUCCCCCCCUUUCAUCCUUAUUUUGACUUUAAACAUUUUCCAACUAAAGGCUCCUUACCACCUAAGAUAACAUCUACCAAGAACUUGCUCGCAGGCCUUCAAAACCAUCAAUGAAAACAUGACUGCCCCAAUGGUAAUGAGUGUAUCUUCCUUACAUAUUGAAGUAAAACUGGAUUAUCAUAAAGCAAUUUACCUGCUCCAGCUUUCAAUGCAAACUCAGUGUAUCACCAGAUGCCUCAUUUAAAUAAUUAACCUCUGCAUAGAUACAAUCGUAAGGUUCACACUCACAACUCUUGUAAUGGCAAUGACUUGGAAUUUUUCACGUUUUAAUGAUUUCUACUCUUCAUCUAAUGUUCAGAUGCUUCUUAACCUGAUAAAGAACUAGUGGAAUCUACAUUUUGAUGUUCAUGCUUAGAGUAUUCAAUUGAUCCUGCUUAAUAUCCAAUGUGUGGUUCUAUCUUACUGCAGUCAUGGUUAGAAAACCAGCUUGCAUGUGUACAGAUAAAGCCUUUAUUAAUAAAGAUGUUUGCUCACCACCAA